CGUCAUGAAGCUGACGGAAAAGGACAUUGAGCGCUUGCCGUACCAUACUGCAAGGUCGUACUGCGGGAAGCACUCGCUGGGCACCAAGGGCCUCGCGUCCGAGCUGCGCCAGCGCAUUCGUAUCCACAUGGGCUACGACGCGCAAGCCUCUGACGACGAGAGCGACGACACGCUGCACGUGACCACCGACCACGGGGACGCCGAUCUAGCCCGCGCGAGCUUUGACGCGAGCGACGAAGACGCUCUAGAGCUUGAGAAGCUUGCAGCGAGGCCAGCAUACAGCCCAAUGCUCAAGACACAAGCGAAGAGCGUCGUUGAGCCACCAGCAAAAGCAGCCAUGAAGGCCCCCGUCGAGGAAGUCCCCCGGGUCGGCAUUGCCGUGCCGGAUCUGGCGCGCUUCAUGAACAGCGUGCAAGGCUCACUCCUAUCGCUUGGGCACAAGAUGGACGCCAUGGCCUCAAACCUUGGCUCGCUCCACGUCCGUGUCAAGCGCCAAGAAGCCCAGGUCCACGAGAUCCACGCGGGCUCAAGAUCGGUGUGCGCUGCCAACAGCCCCGAGAUGAUCCCGAUACGUGCACGUCUGCAAGAGCUCGAAGCAGAAAACGCGGUGUUGCGCGCGCAGCUGUCGCUCCGCGAGCCGUCGGCCGGUGCGACGACGUGCCUUGUCCGCACGCCACGACACGACGAGGACUCGGAUCGCCCCGCCAAGAAGCACUGUGCGACGACACAGCAGGGCGUAUUCCUCGACACAACCUUAAGGUAAACAAAGCCACUAUGAAU